CUAUAAUCGGGAUGGCGAAGAGUAGGGAUGGACACACAAGAGUCCUCCGUAUCGAUAUUAUUCCAGCUGAUUAUUUUGUGUCGUGACAUGGCAUCGAACGCAGUGACGGUGAUGGCGACGUCGAACCCGCGCGGUAAAGUCCUCACCGAAGACAACGUUUUCGUAAACUUGCGCAAAAUGGAGCUCGCGAUGUGCGGAUCGCUGUUCUUUAGGGCACGGGAGAUCGAAAAAGAACUACAAAAAGGCUUUGAGAAACCCUUCAAGGAGUUGACCAAAAUGAACACUGGCGACGCUCACGCGAUGGGUCAGCAGCCUAUCACGUUCCUGCGGCAGGGGCUCACCCCGACAGUCUCCCCGCAUCUGCUCAAUGAUCCGAGCUUCCCGGAGGAUGCAAAGGAUCGCGCCCGGAUGAUCCUGGAAAAUUGCAAUGGCAGCAGCGUGGGCUCGUAUUCGGAAUCGACCGGCAUCGAAUGUAUUCGCAAGCAUGUUGCACAGUACAUUCAAGAACGAGAUGGCGAUAUCCCUUGCGAUUAUCACAACAUUAUCCUCUGGAACGGCGCUUCUAUCGGUAUCAAAACAUUCCUGAAUCUAUUCAACGAAAGGCUGGACGACAAACCAUCCGGCGUGCUGAUCCCAUUUCCGCAGUAUCCUCUAUAUUCGGCAACUCUGACGGAGUUUGGACUCGCUCAGAUUGAGUACUACCUAGAUGAAGAUAACAAAUGGUCGCUAGAAGUCAGUGAGCUGGAACGAACAUUAAGAGAAGUCAAGAAUAUAUGUAAUCCUCGCAAUGUGUGGAGGGGGAUGGGGGAGCCGUAUUCGAAGAUGGAACUGGCAUCGUUUAUGUCCAUCUCGAAAGGAUAUAUGGGUGAAUGCGGGAUCCGUGGCGGUUACGCCGAAAUUAUCAACAUGGACCCGGAAGUGAUGAAGGUGCUAUUGAAGUCAAUCUCUGCGAUGCUGUGUCCUACCGUGCUCGGCCAGGUCGUGAUGGAUGUUGUGGUGAAUCCGCCGCGACCGAAUGAGCCAUCGUAUGAGCAAUUCCAGAAAGAGAAAAGAGAAACUCUACGCUCCCUAGCAGAGAGAUCACGGCUCAUCGUCGACACACUCAAUAGUAUUCCUGGAUAUAAGGCAAAUCCGGUGAUGGGUGCGAUGUAUGCGUUUCCACGCUUCGAACUGCCGUCAAAAGCAAUUGAGGCGGCGCGAGCGAAAAGCCAGGAACCAGACGUCUUCUACGCGUUCGAACUAUUGGAGAACACUGGGAUUUUAGUGAUCCCAGGCUCGUACUUUGGCCAGAUAUCUGGUACAAAUCAUUUCCGCACGACGAUACUGCCACAAAAAAAGAAAAUCAAAACAAUGCUCGAAGCGCUGAAGCAAUUCCAUAUCAAAUUUCUUGAGAAAUACAGUUAAAUAAUACAUUUUAAUAAUUGAGAGAAAAUUGACAAAUUAUGGAGAAUAAGAAUUAUACAUCUAUAAUAAGAAAUGACUUUCACUGUGCAUAUCCAAGUGAAAGUUCAGUUUUUGAACAUUUAGGAAUGUAAAAUAUUUUUAUUACGAUUAAUAAUUUAUU